GCCGGCUGGCGGCGGCCGGCGGCGGCCCGGAGGAGCCGGUCGGUCCGUCCGGCGGGGAGAUGUGGGUGUUCGGCUACGGGUCCCUCAUCUGGAAGGUGGACUUCCCCUACGAGGACAAGCUGGUGGGCAACAUCGUGGGCUUCAGCCGCCGCUUCUGGCAGGGCAGCACCGACCACCGCGGGGUCCCCGGCAAGCCUGGAAGAGUUGUGACUCUCGUUGAAGACCCUGAGGGUUGUGUCUGGGGCGUGGCGUACCGGCUGCCAGCCGGAAAGGAAGAAGAAGUAAAAGCCCUCCUGGACUUCCGAGAAAAGGGCGGCUACAGGACCACGACGGUGGUCUUCUACCCCAAAGACUCCGCGGUGAAACCGUUCGAUGUGCUGCUCUACAUCGGAACGUGCGACAACCCCAACUACCUGGGCCCCGCUCCUCUGGAAGACAUCGCCGAACAGAUCUUCAGCGCCGUCGGCCCCAGCGGCAAGAACACCGAGUACCUGUUCGAACUCGCCCACUCCAUCAGGAAGCUCAUGCCCGAGGAUGCCGACGAGCAUCUUUUUUCCCUGGAGAAAUUAGUGAAGGACCUCUUGGAAAGGAAAAACCUCAACUGCAUAUAAAAAUCCGCUCCCGGCUAGAGAAGGAGUUUCCCCAGACCGACUCCCCUCCACCUCCGGGGUCAUCUUUAUGGCCCGACGCCUACGUGACUCGGUAGCUUACCCUCCCGCACGCUGUAAUCUAAUUUAUUGUCACCUGGCAUUUGAGAUGUCACAGGUUAAAGUCAUCUGGAGGGUGGGGAUGAGCGUAUAUGGGAGGAAGCCUGUGCCCCCCGGGGUCUGGUGGAGCGAAAAAGCAACUCCGAGGCUGAAAGGCCCAAAAAAUGAUCCCGGGGGAAGGAGAAAGCUCGUCUUUGAGAAACCAAAAAAAAUACGGCAGUCGGUUUGACUAUCUUAUGUUGACGGCAGAAAACAGUUGAGUUUCCAAUUUGGGAGGAGGGUGGGAGAGCUGAGAUUAGAGAUGGACCCGAACGGUUCUGCUCAAAUUCUGCCACUCGGGCCUCAUCCAGUUCUUGCUUCAUGACAGCGGCUUAACAGAGAGGUGUCUCUUCGGUCUUGUGCCGCACAGUCACACCUCUGAGUUUUCUGGGGAAUUAUGCUGUCAGUUGUCGUGGCAAAAAAAUAUAUAUAUAUAUAUAUCGAUACCACAUCCUGCCAACACCUCUUUUAUUUAAUUCUAAGACAACCAAAAGUUUGGUUAACUCAGAGGUAAUGCCUUGAUUCUGUGUGUGUUUGUGUGUGUGUGUGUGUGUGUGUAACGAAACUAGUCAUGGUUUAAAAAUGGCGGAGGCUGGAAAUAGCACGUGAUCAUAAACACCCCAAAAGGCACCAAAGGAUUUCAGUUCCAACUUGGUACUUUCUUGCCUUUCUGGGCUCGCCAGACUCCUUCAACUUAAGAUCGAUGUUUCCGGGUGUUGUGAUGUAGACGCUCUCCUGCAGUUACUUUGCAUCUUGUUCAUGUUUGUCGAUUAGGCAAUGUUGUUGCACGGAAGACUUAUUAAAACUAAUAAUAAUAACAAUCGUGGUAUUUGUUAAGCGCUUACUACGUGCGAAGCGCUGCGGUAAGGGCCGGGAGAGAGAAACUACAAUCAGAUCAGACAGUAGUCCCUGUUCCGCAGGCUCAGGGGGAGAUAGUUCAUCCCCAUUUUUACAGAUGAGAAAACUGAAACAGCAGCAAUCACAUUACACCGGAUCCAGUCUGUCGGUGUCCCGCAACCUGAUCGAAACGUGAUCGAAGGUUUUUUGUUUGGUUUGGGGGGGGGGGGGGGGAAUGAAUAGAAAAAAAAGAUGGCCAGAAAUGGGAGUCGUCAAAGAGGGGACUCGGCAUCCUUCUGUCUAAUCGGUCAAUCAGUGGUAUUUAUGGAGAAUUCACUGAAUGCCAAGCACUGUACUGAGCGCUUGGGAGAGUACACUAUCAGAGUUGGUAGACACGCUCCCUGCCCACAAGGAGCCUACAGUCUAGAGGGUCUAAUCUGACUAUUUCCUGAAGGGGGAAGACCAAAUUUUAGUAAACCAGAGGAUCAAAAAUGCAUCCGUCCGGGGGCAUGGGGUGAGGGGAGAAAGUAAGUGUUUCCCUGGAGCUCCUUUAUGCUGCCCGUGGAGAAAUGGGAAUGCUAACGCUAACCACAACGAUAGACCACUCUCAGCAGUUCUGCCCCGCGGGAGCAACCAUUAUUCGUCUCUACACUGUAAGCUCGACGGGCAGGGCACGAAUCCGCUGAUUCUGUUGUGUUGUCUUCUCCCAAGCGCUCGAUACGGUGCUCUGCACGUAGAAUGCGCUCAAUAAAUACCGCCGAUUGACUGAUUAUUGAGCCUACAGUUCCUUGGAAGGCUGGCUCCCACACCGGGAUCAGAGCUUGAAUCAGCAUUGAGCGGGAUGGGGGUCUGUAGGGGAAAUCUACCGAACUGUAUCAACUGGUUUGGAACCGAUGUACGUUCUGUUCAUUGAAUUAGUAGAAGCAAAUUACUACACUAUUUCAUUGAUUCCCUCUCACGUCGUAACGCAACCCUAUCGAGAAUCUUUCUACUCCAGUCGUGAUCACCUGAAAAUAUUCUCUCUGAAACACAAGAUACCAUGGAAGUGAUUGUCAGACUUGUUUGGGCUUUUCCUUUGCUGUUAAAAAUUUUAGUGGGGCAAACUAGUCACCCAAUCGAAUAAAGACAGUUUUGGGGAGUAUAAAAAGUCACGCUAUCUAAGGGGGAUUUUUCAAUGGACCGAACACGCUCCGUCAACAAGAAAAGUGAAGACGAUUCCUUCGAAUAUUUUCUUAAAAGGGGGGGGCUCAGAGGGCUGACCUCUGUCCUGCUCAAAUAACCGGAAUUUAGCAAGGCUGUCUCCGAGUGAUCUCCAGUGCGCCCCGCUGCGAAACCAAAGACUAUCUCGCCUCUGACUUUCAAUCAGAAAGCGAUGCCGUCGGAUGUUUACGCUCUCUCAGACGGAGCAAGCGUCAUCCUCGGUGGUAUUUAUUGAGCGCUUACUCUGUGCAGAGCACUAUGCUAGGCAUUUGGGAGAGGACGUUUCCGCCCCACGUAGAGCUUCAGCUAUAUGCAGCUAUUUCCGCUAAGUGCACAGAGAAUUUAUAGCACGCAUUUGUAUCCGCAGUACUUAUUAUGACAGGGAGACGUUAUAAAACCCGACCCCGUAUUCGGCAAACCAUCCCCCAACCAACAGAGCGAUGAUGUAGUGUUUCAGUUUGUGCUUACCGACAGAAUACUAGAUCUGAGCACGGCACCACAUCACAGAAUAGGUCUGGAGUUCAGUCAUUUCACUUUUCCCAGAAAGCUACUGGGUCCAGCUCGCCUUUCCAAUUUUCAGAGUCCCCUCCGGAUUAAUAGUUGCAAUAAAGUCAGUGAUAAAUUAUAUUUAAUAGUGCCGGGCAGUAAAAUAUUGGGCCUAUUUAAAAGCCGUCCACAACUGCCCAGAAACGUCGCAUUGUCUUCGGUAUCCAAGUUUUCGAGAUUGGAAAAUCCUGCUGUUCACGGAUCUGUAUCUUAUUAAAAUUUCCAAUACUAA